AUGAAUAAGAGUUCACUUUGGUAUUUAAGACCUGAUGAGUACUUGAAUCGUUUCUUAGAACAAGGAGUAAGGUGCGAUGGAAGAAAACCUGAAGUUUGUAGGAAUUUUAAGCUAGAAUUGAAUAAGCUCAGUUCUAAUCACUAUGGAGCUAUCUCAGUUAGAAUAGGAAACUCAUCAUAUAUUGCCUGUUGUAAUCCUCAAAUAAUCCACACGGGGUUUGAUCAAGAAUCGAAUAAUGUCAUUACCAAUUCAAGAAUAAAUGUUUCUUUAGAACUUCCAACAAUAUGUGGAUUUACGGGAAACUCUAAUCACUCAAACUUUGUCUCAAAUACUAUCACUGAGUGUCUAAAUGAUACCCGAAUCAUUAACAAGAAGGCUUUUAUAACCAAAUUUCAGGAUAAAGAGAUACACUGGGUAAUUGACAUUAAUGUGGUUUGUUUAUCUUACGAUGGAAACCCAUUUGAUUACACAUUAAUUGCAGCUAUUGCUUCUCUUUGUAACACUUCUCUGCCUGAAAACCUUAUUUGGGAUGACACUUACAAUUGGUUUAGAUUUUCCUCGGAAUCUAUUUCUAAAAAUGAGGUUAGGAAGGAACACAAGAUGCAGGAUACUUCUGAAUUUUUUCUUAAAAAAGUUCCAAUAUUCGUUUCUUUUUCAUACCUUAAUGACAGCAUUUGGGUUUGCGAUCCAAACUAUAUGGAGGACUCAAUAGGAAGCACAGUUACUAUUUGUUGUGUUGAUGAUCAAAUCAACACUUUACAAACUCAAUGUAUUAGCAAAUACACUCCAGGGAGGUUAAAAAACGAUCUGAGUCAACUUAUUGCAGUUGCCUCUAAACGAGCAGAUGAAAUAAGAGCAUGCCUAUUAGGAAAAUAA